AUGUUAGCUAGUGGAAGCGAACUGAAUGACGAUCAUCUACAAAGAUCAUUUAUUGCAACGGCAACAUCUUCAUCAACGAAGAAUUCACAUUUUGCUUACUUUCUGAAUCAUUUCACUCGUUCAUAUUCAUCCGCAACACCCUUAUCUUUAUCAUCGAUAAUCAUCUUCAUUCUGCUAGUCUUAUCGAUACAAAAACCUAUGCUGACCAACGCUCUCGUCUGUAUAUCGCAUCAUGAAUAUUAUGAAGAAGGUAAAAUACGAGUGAUCAAUUUGGGCAGAUGUGGCUCAAGCAAUGGUUUUUGUGUGAAAGCUCAUUAUUGGGACAAGGACCAAUCGAGGAAACGUGGCUUUUCACGGGGUUGUGACAAAAAUGACUGUAUGCAUUUCGGUGAGAAGGCUUACGGAUGGAGGGCAGAUGGUUGUCGGAAGCAUCGAGAUUUCGGAAGUGACGGUUUGAUUUGUUGUUGUCAACAUGAUCUUUGCAAUCAUUCAUCAACGCCGCGUCGUCUGUUUGAUCGCUCUUCCCCGCUGUCAGUCUCAUUCUCAGCACUGUUCUGCAUUUGGCAACUAUUCAUUGUUUCAUCAUGGUUUAACGUUUGA